CUGAGAGCAAGGCAAGAGCAUGAGAGCUGAAGACCAGGCUUAGUCACCAUAAGGGGUAACAAACUGGCAUUGAACUGAAGGAUGAGGUCUCCUUUUAAACAGCAUGGCAGAUGAGGCUGAUGUGUUUGGACCCCCCUUCCGGGUUACUGUCUCAGAUUCAGUCCAAGCUUGUCAAUUUCUUCUGGGACAGUCUACACUGGGUGCCACAGAGAGUGUUAUUUCUUCCCAGGAAGGAAGAAGGACAGAGCCUGGUGCACCUGGCCAGCAGAACUGCCACCUUCAGGAUCCAGUUCCUGCAACGGUUUUUGACUGGGCCAAAGGGUUUAAUGUGGAGGGAGCUGGCUGGCUGCAUCUUAGGGCGUGUGAGUGGUUUGGGGCUGGAUGAUGCUUUGUUUUUAUUAGACACUAAAUUUUUAUAUGUACCUGGGAUGCCUCCAUUUUAUCAGGGUGUUUUUAAGUCUUGGCACCUUUUUAAUAAUGUGAAAAGAAAGAACUCUCCCUCUGUUUUGGCUCUUAAAAGAGCCUUUGAUCUUUGGGGCACGGUUGCACAUAUGCAAUGACACCGCCCCUGGACUUCAGUUAACCCUUCGAAGGUCUAGAGUUCUGACCCUGGAGCAGCUGGUGAUUGCAGCGGGACCUGAUCUAUCGGACGUCUCCUCUUUGUGUUCCUCGCUGGGUCUCCGGUCCGCCAGGAUGGCACGUCGUCUCCUGGACCGCUGGAGGGACAGGCUGGGUGCGAGGGAGAGGGGGACAACUGGAUGAAUUCUGUGGCAGGAACCACUGCUCUCGUCCGCGAUAAACUUUAUCCGGAGGUGUUGCUGAGCUCUGAUCUGGGUGGAAAUACUGACAGCUGCUUCGUCCCUGCAAUCCCAACAGUCUGACUCUUCACUGUGGGGAAAGAAGGACAUUGUAUAUAAACUGUGUGAAGGUUUUGAACAAGGCUAAGUUACAGAACCACUUUUCCCAGUGCGUGGACUGACAAAGUGAGUGGUGGUGAGGACGGACCACAUUGGAGAGUUCUUUACAAGGCUCCCAUACGAAAGAGAACUGGAGACCUCCAGUGGCGGAUCUUACAUGGUGUUUGGUGGAGGAUCAUCUAUGUUCCUGUGGGUUUAGCAGCACUCUCAGUCAUCACUGCAUCAGUCUGCAUAUGGACCAGAACACAAGAGUGUGGGUUGUUGUUGACUUCAGCCUCUGACAGAAAACACUGAGAGAAGAAGAGACAGAGAAGAGCAGAGGAGAGAACAAUGUUUGACUUCACAUCACUUCACUUCCCUCUGUUUCUGACAUGGAUGCUCACAUUUACAGACGCUCAAACAUUUUCACAGAAGACUGUCAGAGUUGGAGAUGAAGUCACUUUGAAAUGUGAAAAUGCAAAUGAUUUCAGUGAUGGAUGUUCCAGGAUCACCUGGUUGUACAGUAAUUCAGGACAAACAUUUUCCCUGUUUGAACUCGGGAAGAUUCACAAAGAUGCUGGAUCUAGAUCAGACAGACUGAAUCUUGCAAAGAAAUGUUCUCUGGUGAUAAAGAAGAUCACAGAUGAAGAUGCUGGAAUUUACAACUGCAGACAGUUCAGCAUAUCAGGACAACUUGAAACAGAUUUUCAGGUUGAACUGAACGUUAUAAAGACUGAAUCCACAACAACAGAAUCAGUUCUGCAAACUAUAAAACCAUCAACUGCAACAGAUCAUCUCUCUGAAACUGGUAUAUCAGACAUGACAGCAGUGAUCACUGCAGCUGUAAUUGUUGCAGCAUGCUUAAUAGUUGUUGUCAUGUUGUUGGGAUGGAGGAGGAUUAAAGAACGAAAAACACAGAUUGAGGAUAAUAUGCUGCAGACUCCUCCACAAGAUGUUGGUUCCUACGCCUCCAUCAGAUUCUCCAGGAACACCAACAACAGGCGGCAGGUUGUGGACAAAGACGAUGAAGGAGAUGCAGUGACCUACAGCACUGUCAAAGUGUCCUCUUCUUCUGCUCACGUCCACACUGAUCCCAUCAGCCUCCAUUAAACCAACAGAUGAGAGUCACAGCAAAUGUUCCUCCUGAGGCUUUGUUGUGUUAGAAUCCUGCAUUCAGAUCUUGAAGAUCAUGUUUUUAUGGAAGCUGGACUUUCACUUCACAUCUGUUCAUUUUAACAUUUAUAUGUACAGUACACCCCCUAUAUUUGCAGGGGUGAGGGACCAGAGACACCCACAAAUUUGCAGAAUCCACGAAUACCGAGAACCACCCACCCCACACCCUCAGCGGCCAAAGCAUGUCCAUCACCGAUGAGACAUUGCUCAACGUAAAGAUUUUAAGUUUUUUAUUCAGAGCAAUAGACUGUACUGUAGCAAUCCUUUUUAAUGCACAUUAGGAGUGUCACUUUGAGCCCUAAAACCAGGAGACUGUGCUUCCUCCUUCUUCGUUAUCCGGCUCCUCUUCCUCAUUGUGUGGCUCCUCUGAUCUGAACUCCUCUUCCUUGUUGGCCGGCCCCUUUUCCUCGUUGUUCGGAAACUCUUCCUCAUUGGCCAACUCCUCUUCCUCCUUUGAUUUGAACUCCUCUUCCUCGUUGGCCUGCACCUCAUUGCCAGCUCUCCACCCUCAAAUUCCUCUUCCCCUGCCUUCAUCCAUUGUGUUUGUUUGGAAUCUUCAUCAAAUUGUGCAUUCUAAACUUGCUUUUCUACAUGUGGUCACAGCAUUAGCAACAAGUGUCUUCAGUUUUGAGUCGAUGUGUGUAAUGAAUGACGCCAUGUGUGUUUAUUGUGGGGGGUCGGCAACCCAAAAUGUUGAAAGAGCCAAAUUGGACGAAAAAAACAAAAAACAAAUAUGUCUGGAGCCGCAAAAUAUUAAAAGCCCUAUUUAAGCCUUAUAAUGAAGGCAACACAUGCAAUAUGUAUCUAUAUUAGCUAUAUUAGCCAUGACGCCAGGUGUGUUCAUUGUGUUCAAAUAUUGCUGACUGUGGCAAGCAUUUUGCAUCACAUGAGCUUUCAUUUAAGAAUAUGAGCAAAAUUAUUUUGCAACUUGUGUUUUAGUAAAGAAAAACAUGUUAAGAUUUAUGAGAAUGGAGGAUUGUGUUUUGUGAAAUGUGUUUUCAUGUGAAAUGUGUUCAUGAUAUUGGAAAAAAGUGGCUAGAUUUAGUAAAUGUGUUUAGACAACUGCAUUUGGUUUAGAGGAUUGGCUUUUGUGUUUUACCAUUUGAGGAAAACUGUAAUAUAAAAUAAACGAAAAAUUGAAUUUUAAUGCAAAUCACAACUAGCAGAAGAUUAAAUUGAAAUAAAUACAUUAGCCCUUUCUUAAGGUUUAAUCCAAAAAUGUGAAUGGAAUAAGCUGCCUUGACCAAAAGAUCAGAAACCAACCUUAUUGGACAUUUGGAUUAUAAACAGAUAAAAACAUUCAGGAAGUGCAGUAAUUUGAGCAAUAAUCCUGGUGCUAUGUGUUUCACCCUAAAAUCUGAUUCAACAGACAAAAAAUGUAUGAGGCUUAAUAUUUUUAAUUUUUCUUGUUGUAGUAUUGUAGUAUUAUUGUAGUAUGAAUGAAGAGUGAAUGAGUAAUGGACACAAUAUAAGUGCUUUGAGUGUCUGGAAAAGGGCAGAUAAAUCCAAUCCAUUUUUAUUUAACAAAACAUCCAUUAAAAUAAUAAGUAUAUUAACAAGUAAAAAAAUAAAAAAUAAUUGUCUGUCUUUGUGGUGGUUGAAGAAAAUGUAGUCAAAGCUGUGAAGACAAAGAAAGAAAUUGAAGACUAACUAUUAAAGUUUAAUUCAAGCUAGAAAGACGGAAUUACCAGGAAUUCUGUAUCUGUAGAAACUUGCCAAAAUUGUUUUCUAUUACACAAUGUAA